GCAGUCGAUAACUUUUACUGAUCGCAGCGGUAAUUUAUUUUGCGCACUUUUUUUGUGGCACGCAAUAAGCGCUUGAAAUGCCGGAGGAAACAGUGAUUGUCAAGGAGGAAAUUGAUAUAGAUGAUACAAAAAUAAAAUUGGAGUUUAAUGAUGAAGAGCCGCCCCCGCUAAAAUUGCUGCAAGGUGGCGGGCUAUUAGAGAUAAUUGAAGAGCGGCCCAAUAUGAUAACCGUGCCAGUUCACGACUACAAGUCCGAGGACGAACUCAAGUUCAUUGCCAGUCUAGCCGCGAUCGAUGAGCAGCAGACGUUAUUUAUGACGCCAGCUUGCAAAUCGAAUGAAGCUCAAGUUUUUAGGGAAUGCGAAUGCAAAAUAUGCACGUUUAUAUGCAAAAAUCAUUUAGCAUUGGGUUCGCAUCACAUCAACCAUCAACUGAAUCGACAUUUCUGCAGAAAUGGAUGUGACUUUUGGUGUAAUACGCUGGAAGAAAUGUUGGACCAUGAAUAUCGCCAACAUCCGGUCGGGUUCACUUCCCAAUUCAGCUGCAGAAUAUGUGAGAAGAAGUCUUCUACGGCCGUCAGCCUGUCAAGUCAUAUGGCCACACACUGCUAUGAGCGGCGCUUUGUUUGUGCCAUUUGUCGCUAUCAUUAUGCGUCAUUCGAGGAGUUGCAAGUUCAUCGUCAAUGCAGCAAAGCAGCGUGUGGUCGCAUCGUCUAUGCGGACAGGCAAGAUAAUAUUGGGGAGCUGGUGUUAGUUAAUAAACUAAAUAAUGCAGUGCCGUCGGAGCUUUGUAAUGUGCAGAUUAAAGAGGAGCCACUUAAUGCGGCAGAAGAGCAACUUUUAAAAGUCAAAGAUAUCAUUAAAACGGAACCAAAGGAUGACCAAGUGGAGCAAUUAAAAGCCGGCCAGGAUGUCAGCUGGUCAAGUGCUAGUUUAAUGGAAAAACUUCGGAGUAAAUUGCGUUUGCCGGCGAUAAAAAAAGCGGAUGUGAAAGUUGAGACAGCUCACUCGUCUUCAAACACAAAAUUUGAUAAAUUUAACCAAAUAUCUGAGCCCGUGGCCAAACGACCUAAUAUUCUAAAACCGGCCAGAAAUAAUCAACAAGCACCAAAUGGCAUUUCAACUGUUGCGCCCAACGUAUUAAAAGUGCUACCCAACAAUUGCAUGCUCUUCAAAUUACCGGCGAAUACGAAAAUAGUAAAGAUUUCAAACACGACGCACAACAGUAGUACCAUCUCUGAAGGGGGAAACAAGAUAACCUCGUUGCCACUUACUCCACCAGCGAUUACUCCCCCAGUGUCUUCCACUAAUCGCAAUGCGUAUUUCAGUGAUCUAAGUUCGUUUGAAUCAACGCCCGAAUCUCAGAAAAUUAUUGAAGACAUCAAGAAUCAAAUACGGAAUAUAGAACAGACCUGUCCACUGCCAGGCAGUGUGCUUCAUGUCCCAAAACACUUCAUUAGCUGCAUGACGCCGCAGCCAACGAACCAACCAGUGGAGGUGCUUAGUUUACCACUGACAAAGAACAGCAAUGCAACUGUGCGAGAGAUGCGUAUUGCACAUCCCACAUAUCGUUUUAGCUGGCAGUGUCCAUAUUGCGCCCUCUGUUAUGAACUAUAUUCGGCAUUUUGUAAACACUUGUCGUUUACCCACAAUGUUCAGCAGUCGAACAUGGACGAUAUAAUUGUCCAGGUCAAGGCCAGCAAGAUUUCGAUUGCAGAAAUUUCCAAUCUGCCAAAGAAAGCAGAGCCGUCUCCAUUAACUCCUGUUGCUGAAGCUGCUACAAGUGAUCAGAAAGUUGUAACAGAUGCAACUUACAAACUAGCGACAAUUCCAGCUGAUACAGCGUCCUCAACAACACCAGCGACUCCAUUGUCACCUGCUUCAGGAGCUAGUCAACCAAAGCGAAAUACAUCUGUAAUUCGGCCUGCACAGUAUCAGUGUGAGGAUUGCUCAAAAUGCUUUACCACAGUGGGUGCUUUACGCAUUCAUAAGAUGAUACACACGGGAGAGCUGCCCCACAAAUGUAAUUACUGCGACAAACGCUUUCGCACACCUGGCCAAGUGCGUGUACAUCAACGCAGACAUACGGGCGAGAAGCCUUUCAAGUGCAAGAUUUGUGCGCUGGCGUUCACACAUCGUGAGACGCUCAUCUCGCAUCUGUCGCGUCACAUUGGCAUGAAGCGCUACAAGUGCUACGGUUGUGACAAGAACUUUGUUGUGGUUAGUGGAUUGCGUGCACAUCGUCGUCUACGGCCGGACACUUGUGGCAAGGUGAAGUUCACGGCGCGUGCACACGGACCGCGAGUUCGAGUCAUAAGAGGUGAAGUUUUCUUUGAGUCCCACCCAGAACACAAUGGUUAUUUACGCAGCGAGGACCCUAUAAAUAUUCUGUCUGAAAGAAACCAUGUUGACAUGGAACCAGAUGUAUCAUCCAAUGUUGUUAGUUAGUUAUAAUUAUUUUUUUUUUAUGAUUGUCAACCAUCUUGAAAUUGUUCCAUUUUGUAUAAAGCAUAUUGUGAAAAGAAAUCCUAGAUACAUUGUAUCAUUUUUCA